GGACAAUAAUCAGCCCAUUUUCCGUACUUACAUUUAGUUCAAUAAGUUGUACGAAUGUGUUCGCACAUUAAUAUGACACGAUGAUUAAGUUUUAUGCUGUUUUGUUUAUAUUCUCACUUUUCAUAACGGUUUUCGCUGAAAAGGACGAUUUUAAACCAGAUGACAAAGUCGACAGCAUAGAGAAUACUGCAACCGGUCCCAUUGAAGUUGAUUCGGAAUCAAUAGAAGUCGUUCAGAGAGGUGCCGAUGAUGAUAAACUAGAAGAGCCUUUUAAUUACGACCAUAUACAAGAGGAAGACAACCGUAGUGGAGGAAUCGAGGACACAAACUCAACGGACGUUCCAAAGUUUGAACAAUUUUUCGACGGCGCAGUAAGUGAUAAUUCAGAUGAAUAUGUCCAUAAGUUGAUUCCAGAACAUAUAGAAGUAGACACAGAAUCCAACGAUGCUAAAGCAGUGGAGAACGAGAGUAGCACACAACAAGAAGACAUAGAAACGGUUUACGAACAUACAACUCAUACCCAAGCCCCUGAUAUUGAAGAUUUAGGAGUUCACGAUGAAGAAAGCAGUUGGAGAAGUGCUGAACACUUACAUGAUAUUCAAAAAGAUUUUUCUAACGAAGAUGCCAGUCUUGAUACUGGUGAAAGAGGUUUUAGCGGAGAAGAUUAUGGAGAUAAGAAGAUCGCUAGUGUUAAGGGAAGGAUGGACACACCGAAGUCAGAGAUUAAAGAACAUAGGCCGUUGAAUAUGAGGCGUUAUGGUCCGCAUGAUGAUGGAAGCAUGUUAGAUGCCAUGGGAAUGAGAAGUAUAAGCGAAAUUAUGAUUCCCAGAUACCGUCCUACGCUGACACGAAACGGAAUAGUGUACACUCCUACUUUGUACACAGUUCAGACUGCAUCGCCUCAUAUGGACUUGCUUCCAGGGCGCAACUGGGUGCCUAAUAGAAGCCAUUUCACUCAAGAAAGAGAGGUUUACUCUAGACCGCGAAGCAGAGGCUUACCACAUCACCAUACAGAUUCCAAAAUUAUAGAUGACUACAAUGAUUACGGCACAAAUACAUAUUCUUACACACCAGUGGCAAAACGAACUACACAAGCACCGGCAACGCACACUGUGCCGCCACAUAAUUUCGAUGUUUUCCAUAAGUUGGUUGAAGCUUCUAAUCAGCCUAGUUUGUCUAAGCAUUCGUUUAAUGAUAAUAUGUAUGUGGGUAACUAUUACCCUCAACAUCAGUUCACUGAUAAUUAUAGGCCAUACGACGUUCGAAGACUUCGACGGGACUCGUGGGACGAAAGGUCUUUUCCAAAUUUUUAGGAUUAACAAUAAAGUAAUAAAAUAAUGGUUGUUUUUAUUUUAAACCUGAGGUCAA